UUCUUAGAUGUCACAAAGCUAGACAGCCGGAAACGUUAUAUAUGUAUAGAAAUAGAUAAUGAAUGAAGCCAUAAAAUAUUUCUUUAACUAAUCAUAAAUAUUAGUGUUGAAUUAUUUUUUUUAUUAUCUCUUUUGGGUUUGUUCCUUCAAUUGAACCGAACAUUUUGGAGGGUGAUAUUGUUGAGAUAUGAAAUUAUUCGAAACUGUUCUACGUCUCUCUUCUAUACUGCCAUGGGAAAUUGCUUGAGAUUGUGUGCUUCAACAGCUGAAGAUGAUACCCUUCUACCUGAGCAGUUGGACCAAGAUUCAUCUUCUUCACCUCCAACACCUAUUGAAGAAAGACCUUCUGAACCUGUAUUCUUUGUAUCUCCCAAUAUUGGUCGUCCUAUUUCACAACUCACUGAGGAUGAGCAAGUUAAAAUUGCUCAAAGAAUAGGAUUUAUUCAACAAUUGCCAACUGGAAUUUAUAAUGGUGCCAACAAGAAUAGAGAGUGUGCCAUUUGCAUGAUUGAUUUUGUGUUUGGAGACUCCAUUCGUUACUUGCCCUGCCUGCAUAUUUAUCAUGCAUCCUGCAUAGAUGAUUGGCUCAUGCGAUCUUUCACUUGCCCUUCAUGCAUGGAGCCUGUAGAUGCUGCCCUUCUCAGUACAUUCCAUACUCAUUAAAAAAUGUUGAAAGAAAGGUGCAGUAGUCAACAGAAAAUGGAGCCAGCUUUUGAUUUGUUUAAACUAUAGCAAGUAUACUUUUAUCUUAUUUAUCGUUACGACUGUGAUCAUAUUUUAGGUUUCCACCCUAUGUUGUUGUUGCAUUGUGCUAAUCUUGUCUGAUGUAAAUAUCUUCCAAAUAAAGUAAAUUUCAAGUCUU